AUUCACAUGCUAAUGGCGCCCUAUAAAUACGAGGGCCGCGCCGCGCCGAGGGCCCUAGAGACGCGCCGAGAUUCGGAGGAGAAGGGACAGAAGCGCGCAGACACCCGAGGAAGAGAAACAUGACUGCUUCGUCCAUGGCGCAUAGCGUGGGGAAACACCCAAGUGCCAAGGAGGAGAGAAAGCUAAGAAAGCCGCUCAUUGAGAGGAAACGGCGGGAGAGGAUAAACAAUUGUUUGGAUCAGCUGAAAGAAACCGUGAUCGGGGCCUUCAGGCUCGAUCAAUCCAAACUGGAGAAAGCUGAUAUUCUGGAGAUGACUGUGAAACAUCUGCAGAACAUCCAGAGCAAUAAACUCAACGACCCUACAUCAGGCCUGGAGGCCCAGCAGAAGUACAGCACAGGGUACAUCCAGUGCAUGCACGAGGUCCACAACAUGCUCCUCACUUGUGACUGGAUGGACAAAACUCUGGGCUCCCGUCUGCUCAACCACCUCCUCAAGUCCCUGCCCAGGUCCACCGAUGAGAGCCCCCCGACCCAGCCCACAUCAAGACAUAGCGUUCCUCCUCCGGCCGGCCAAGGUAACCCCGGCACACCUCUUAGAGGAGAACCCCUGCCUGGGAGGCAGCUCCAGAGAGAGGGGCCCACCUGCCACAUAGCUGGAUGUCAGGAGAGAGCCGUGCUCCACAGCUCCAACCUGGGGAUGCUGGAGAUGUGGAGGCCCUGGUGAUCUGGUGGAUUAAUGUUAUUGGUUCUCCAUUUUGUUAGACCAUCCUCUGUUAUGUAUCUUAUAGAUAUGCUGCUCAGAAGACAAAUGUGGGGCAGUUUUGUUCCAGUGAUUAUUAUUGUAGGUGUGCUAUAAUGAUUCUAUACAGACCUUUUCUCAGUACUUCCCUUCAGAAGUUGACUUCUUGUAGCCUGCAUUAUAGAAGGCUCUUAUUAAUCUUUCAUGUAUUUAUUGUAUUAACAGCUUUAUUUAUUUGAUAU